CUAUCAUGACUAUUGGAUAGGCCUGAGUGACAUAGAUGGUGACGGGGAAUACACGUGGGUAAACAGCACGCCAUCCGGGUAUUCAAAUUUAAGACCCCAGGGCGAGCAAGGAGGAUGUGUUCGGCUCAUGACGGCUCAGGCAGGACAAUGGGAGGGCAGCGACUGCGCACUAGAACGUUCUCACAUUUGCCAGCGUGAUUCAGAUCCCCGUUGUUCUUGGCACCAGUCCGGGCAGUCAUUCUAUCGCUUCAUGGGAGACGGGAGGAGUUUUGAUACAGCACAGACUGAAUGCGCGAGCAUCGGAGGAAGAUUGGCGGUUAUCAGAUCAAUAAAAAUUAAUAGAUUCCUAGAAUCGUUUGUAACACCUGCUCUUCCAUCUCCUAAUUGUUACUGGUUUGGUUUAAGUCGAAGCUCAGAUAGUGAGCCAUUUAUCUGGAAUGAUGGUAUUAACUUGAGGUGAGUUUUCCUUUUAUUCCUCACGUAUUCCUUAAGUAUUCCUUUUAUUUUCCCACAUGAUUACAAAAUUCUUGACGUACAUGAUUUGGAAAAAGUGUCACCGUGUUGAUGCUGAUAGUUAAUUUCGCGACAUAAUCACCAGCAAUAA